CUAAUGGCUGGCUGUAAAAGGUCUAUGGCUGAGACUUUGGGUUGUUUAUCAGUUCUCAUCAGAUGAAGAGGAAACCCAAAUCGGUUGAGACUGGAUCUAAUGUGGACAGAAGAGAAGAAACAAACUAAAGUGUGUGAAUCAGAAAACACGCUCGCUGUUGUUUUCUUUAGUGGACAAUCCCAGUCCGUCUAACUGGUUCUUCUCUGGCUCUGACUGACUGAAGAGGAAGAUGGACGUUUAUGCAGAAGAAGAGGAGAACAGAGCAGAACCUUCAGGAUCCAGCUGUCCUCCUAUGAAGAGCAGCUCCUCCCAGCCCAGACCACCAGACCUCAGUGGAGCAGAACCUCCAGGGCCCAGCUGUCUGUCUAUGAAGAGUGAUCGGUCCAGGGAUAUGCCUCCAGACCUCAGUGGGCCUGGACCUUCAGACCCAAAAGGUCAGAACCACAGAUGGAGAGCAGAACCUCCAGGACCCAGCUGUCUGUCUGUGAAGAGUGACCGGUCCAUGGAUCCUCCUCUAAACCUCAGUGGACCUGGACCUUCAGACCCAAUGCUGUUUGCUGCCAACAAGAAGCUUCCAGAACAUCAGGAAGAGUCCAGCUGGUGUACGGUGAUGAAAAGAGGGCUGAUCAGAGAGAGGAAGAGAAGUUCUGUUGCAGAUGUUGGUCUGCAGGAGGUUCUAGAAGAACAUCGGCUCAGUCUGAGGAGCAGAUGUGAACGUGUGACUGAAGGAAGUGAUGAACCAGGAAGUAGAACCCUCCUGAACAGGAUCUACACUGAGCUCUACAUCACAGAGGGACAGAGUGAAGAAGUUAAUACCCAACACGAGGUGAGACAGCUGGAGACCACUUCCAGGACCAAGAGGCUCCAUGAUGCUCCAAUCAGGUGCCAGGACAUAUUUAAAGCCUCACCUGAUGAAGACGAAGACACAGACAAUGACCAACAUGAAGAUAAAGUUAAAGCCAUCAGAGUGGUUCUGACCAACGGCGUCGCAGGAGCUGGAAAAACCUUCUCAGUGCUGAAGUUCACUCUGGACUGGGCCGAGGGCUUGGAGAACCAGGAUGUCCAUGUGAUGCUUCUGUUUUCAUUCAGGGAGCUGAAUUUGAUCAGAGAUGAGCAGCACAGUCUUCUCACGCUGCUCCAUGUUUUCUAUCCAACAUUCCAGAAGCUCCCAGCAGAGAAGCUGGCUGUCUGGAAACUUCUCUUCAUCUUUGAUGGUCUGGAUGAAAGCAGACUUUCACUGGACUUCAGCAGCAGUCAGCUGCUUUCUGAGGUCACACAGAGGUCAUCAGUCCAGGUGCUGCUGACAAGCCUCAUCAAGGGGAACCUGCUUCCCUCGGCUCUGGUCUGGAUCACCUCCAGACCUGCAGCAGCCAAUCAGAUCCCUCCUUCAUGUGUCCACAGGGUCACAGAAGUACGAGGCUUCACUGACUUGCAGAAGGAGGACUACUUCAGGAGGAGGUUCAGUGAUGAAGAGCUGUCCAGCAGAAUCAUCUCCCACAUCAAGACCUCCAGGAGCCUCCACAUCAUGUGUGGAAUCCCAGUCUUCUGCUGGAUCACUGCUACAGUUCUGGAGAACAUGUUGUCUACAGAGCAGAGAGGAGAGCUGCCCAAGACCAUGACUGACAUGUACUCACACUUCCUGCUGGUUCAGACCAAGAGGAAGAAGAACAAGUACCAUGAAGGACCUGAGACCAGUCCUCAGGAGCUGAUGGAGGCUGACAGGGAGCUUCUUCUGAAGCUGGGGAAGCUGGCGUUUGAACAUCUGGAGAAAGGAGACAUCAUGUUCUACCAAGAAGACCUGGAGCAGGCUGGUCUGGAUGUCUCAGAGGCCUCGGUGUUCUCAGGAGUUUGUACAGAGAUCUUCAGAAGAGAGUGUGUGAUCUUCCAGAAACCAGUCUACUGCUUUGUUCAUCUGAGCGUUCAGGAGUUUCUGGCUGCAGUCUACAUGUUCCACUGCUUCAGCAGCAGGAACACGGAGGUGAUGGAGAACUUCCUGGGAGGAGACUACAGAGACUCAUCUCUGGAGAACUUCCUGAAGAGAGUGAUGAAGAAAUCUCUCAGCAGUGAAAACGGCCACUUGGACCUGUUUGUCCGCUUCCUUCAUGGCCUCUCUGUGGAGUCCAACCAGAGACUCUUAGGAGGUCUGCUGGGUCAGACACAGAUCAGUCCAGGAACCAUCCAGAGGACCAUCAACAACCUGAAGGAGAUGAACAGUGAUAGAGUCUCUCCAGACAGAAGCAUCAACAUCUUCCACUGUCUGAUGGAGAUGAAGGACCUCUCAGUUUAUCAGCAGGUCCAAAACUUCCUGAAGUCAGAGAACAGAUCAGAGGAACUCUCAGAGAUCCAGUGUUCAGCUCUGGCCUACAUGCUGCUGAUGUCAGAGGAGGUUCUGGAGGAGUUGGACCUGCAGAAGUACAGCACAUCACCACGGGGACGACUGAGACUGAUUCCAGCUGUGAGGAACUGCAGAAAGUUCAGAGCUGCUGGUCCUGUUCCUGGUUCUGGACUCUCUGAGACUUACUGUGAAGUUGUGUCCUCAGCUCUGAAGUCCAACCCGUCCCAUCUGACAGAACUGGACCUGAGUCAGAACCAGCUGUCUGAUUCUGGAGUGAAGGUUCUGAGUUCUGGACUGGAGAGUCCAAACUGUAGACUGGAGGUUCUGAGGUUGAAGUUCUGCAGGUUGUCAGAGAUCAGCUGUUCUUCUCUGGGCUCAGCUCUGAAGUCCAACCCGUCCCAUCUGACACAACUGGACCUGGGCCGGAACCACCUGUCUGGUUCUGGAAUGAAUGAUCUCUGUGGUUUCCUGGAGAGUCCAGACUGUAGACUGGAGGUUCUGAGGUUGAAGAAAUGCAGGUUGUCAGAGAUCAGCUGUUCUUCUCUGGGCUCAGCUCUGAAGUCCAACCGGUCCCAUCUGACAGAACUGAACCUGAGCGAUAACGACCUGUCUGGUUCUGUAGUGAAGGAUCUCUGUGGUUUCCUGGAGAGUCCAGACUGUAGACUGAAGGUUCUGAGGUUGGAGGACUGCAGGUUGUCAGAGAACAGCUGUUCUUCUCUGGGCUCAGCUCUGAAGUCCAACCCGUCCCAUCUGACAGAACUGGACCUGAGUGAUAACCACCUGUCUGGUUCUGUAGUGAAGGAUCUCUGUGGUUUCCUGGAGAGUCCAGACUGUAGACUGGAGGUUCUGAGGUUGAGGAGCUGCAGGUUGUCAGGGCUCAGCUGUUCUUCUCUGGGCUCAGCUCUGAAGUCCAACCCGUCCCAUCUGACAGAACUGGACCUGAGCUGGAACUACCGGUCUGGUUCUGUAGUGAAGGAUCUCUGUGGUUUCCUGAAGAGUCCACACUGUAGACUGGAGGUUCUGAGGUUGGAGGACUGCAGGUUGUCAGAGAUCAGCUGUCCUUCUCUGGACUCAGCUCUGAAGUCCAACCCGUCCCAUCUGACACAACUGGACCUGAGUCACAACCCCCUGUCUCGUCCUGUAGUGAAGGAUCUCUGUGGUUUCCUGGAGAGUCCAGACUGUAGACUGGAGGUUCUGAGGUUGAAGUUCUGCAGGUUGUCAGAUAUCAGCUGUUCUUCUCUGGGCUCAGCUCUGAAGUCCAACCCGUCCCAUCUGACAGAACUGGACCUGAGAUGGAACUGUCUGGAGGCUCCAGAUGUUGAACAGCUGCUGGGUCUUGUGGAGAGUCCAGACUACAAGCUGCAGACUCUGAGGUGGGAGUCAUGAUGACCUUUGACCCUUUGACCAGGAGAGAAGAUGAGCUGAGUCCUGAAGGUCCUCAGAGGCUGAAGCAGCAUUUUGUGUAGAAAGAGACUCAGACUGGAUCAUGAUGAAGAAUGGUUUACUUUUAUGGAUUUUAGUGCAACAUCUUCUGCUUCUGUGUUUUUAUCUCUGGGAGAAAACUUGAAAUGAUCAAUAAUUUAAAUGUAAAACUUGAACAACACCAAUAAGAGCAGCUCCAUGGGAGCUUCUUCAGGAAGGAAUUGAGACUUUUUUCAUCCAUUUCCUGUGAACUGGUGAUCUGUUGAUGUUAAAACAGAAAAGCUGUUAGAUGUUUUCUGUCUCUUAUCUGCAGAUCCAAACUGAAUCUUCUAGCUUUUCUGUUUACGCUGAAUCGGACACAAAUCUAGCCGGCAUGCACUGCUCGCCGAUCACCGCUGGUCUAAUCUGUGCAGAACUGGCUCAUCUCGAACACAGCCAUUGUCUCAGAUCAGAUGAUGUCUCAGACCAAAUGAUGUCACAGAUCAGAUUAUGUCACAGACCAGAUAAUGUCUCAGAUCAGAUUAUGUCACAGAUCAGAUUAUGUCACAGACCAGAUAAUGUCUCAGAUCAGAUUAUGUCAUAGAUCAGAUGAUGUCACAGAUCAGAUGAUGUCACAGACCAGAUAAUGUCACAGACCAGAUGAUGUCACAGACCCAACAGGUGAACUUCUCCUGAAACUUGCUGUCCGGCUCUAAACAAAACUUUUCUUUUUAUGAACUGUUUUUAGUGGUUGAAAGUUACAACAAGGUUAUGGUUAUUGUAACCUUCAGUUGUGUGUUUACCUGUAAUCUUAUUAUUUUUCUUUCCUCUAAGUCUUUGUGCUGCUGUAGCUAGAGAGUUUCCUCACGGUGGGAUUAAUAAAGAUGAUCUAAAACCUCAAA